ACGGUCAGUGCGUAAGCAUCGGUGGUACCGAGUCUCCUGCGAGUGUAUAAAAAAACACACACACACAUUCACAGCACCCGUGCUAUAGCUUAUAACGCGCUACAAGCGAGAAAGAGACUUCCAUAGUAGAGCGUGUGUGCCGGAAGACCGAGUUUGCCAGCAGCCAGGUCAGAGCGGGACGGCAAUAGCCCCAAAAAGGAACGCACAUCAUUCCGCGUGCCACAGCCAACGGACUCCUUGACAAGGCGGACUCCUUGUCAGUUUGCAAGCGCCAGUGAACCCGAUCACACAUAACGAGCAGGAAGCCCGUCGACAGUUGCGAGCGAGCGCCCACCGGUCGGAAGUCAGAAAUCUAAAGUGGUUCUGUUCCCAGCACACACACGCACACCUAAAACCAACCAACCCAUACCGCUAAACCCGCGCCAACCAAAAGCAAAAAUGAGUUCUGCAGACAAAAACAGUGAAGUUGAGGUGGAGAAUGUUGCCGCCGCGGAGGAAAAGGCAGAAACGAAGGAGGUGAAAGGAGUCAAGCGGCCCGCCGACGAGAAAACCGCCGAAACGAAAAAAAUAAAGAAGGACGAAAACGGUGCCGGCGAAGAAGAGGAAGAAGUGGAAGAUGAGGGAGAGGAACUGGAGGGAGAGGAUGAAGAAUACGACCUUCCAUAUGGUGACGAGGAAGACAUUGAAGCGGAAGAUGAGGAAGACGAGGAGGGUGAUGAUGUCGAGGGGGAGGGGGAGGAAGAUGAUGAGGACGCGUAAUGAAUGAAAGUGCAUAUGUGAGAGUGAGACUAACAAAAAACAAAAAAAAACAAAAUAACUCUAGUAAUAGGUGAUUUAUUAUUUUGAAUUUGCGUUAGUGGAGCUGCAAUGGAAAGGAAGUAUAUGCAUCGAUGAAAACGAUUGUAAAGUUUGUUUGUGUAUAUAUUUUAUAAAAAAUGAAGCAGAGGAAAACUACAAAAAACGCGAACUCACACACACAACACACGUACACACACAGGACGACACUGACAGAUUUGGAUAGCGAGGAGAACGAAAGGGAGCCGUAACUAAAAGCAAAGCAGGCGGCGGUAAAAUAGAGAACGAGGUUAAGGAAUGAGACAGAUACACAAAAAAAACAAUAGUAGGCGAAACAGCCACACACCACAUGCCAGAAGAAGUCUCCACUCUCCACA